AUUACACCUAAAUUAAAAUGGGAUGCAUAUUCUCGAAGACUAAGUUUUUUCGACGAAAGCGCAGCAAGGCAACUGGAGAUAAUCAGGAAGUUAGAGUACAUCUCAAAAAGAGAGAUCGAGGAGGAAAGUAUCAAGAACGUCUUGGUACCUCAGAUGAACUACAGGGUGAAGCAAGCGAUACACAGGCCGUUGAAACUCUUGUUCAAGGCGGCUUGAACCAGAAAAUUGCAAAUGAGCUCGUCCUACGACACGAGAAAGGUUUCUUGAAUGCUACGGGGGACAUUGUCAAUGUUUUAGAGAAACAUAACACGAAGUAUCAUCUACAUUUACAAGACAACAUUCUUGUGAGGGUGAAUUCAAUAGGAGAGCUAAGUUACGAGACACUUGGAAAUGAAAUUCGCGAAGAAAUCCCGAAGAAAGGUCCUGCUCACUUGAAGGAUAAAAUAAGUAUUAAUACAGCAUCAGAAAAGGAACUGGAGCAAAUAAAAGGGAUUGGACCUACUCUUGCACACAGAAUUGUUCAGUACAGGAAAGAACAUGGACCGUUUCCUAGCAUUGAGGAUGUUGUGUUAGUACGUGGUGUGAGUGAGAAACUUCUAGAGAGAAUAUCUUCAGAAGUAACCAUUGAAACCUCACAAAGCAGUCAAAAUCAGAAUUAUGAGAGGAGAGGGACUCAAAAUAUUACUCCCCGUGAUAAUACUGUGCGUGUUGCAAGCUGGAACUUGCUUUCUUUUUCUUCCGAUAAGGCAGAAAAUUCUGGUGUUCUAGAGGUUGUUUGUUGUACAAUAUUAGAAAAUGGGUAAGCAUUUGAGCUGUUUUAAAUUAAAUACGUGAGACAUUUGUAGGGUCCGGCAUACAUGUAUACUGUGACUUUUUCAUCUAACAAGUGCUGUGUGGUACUUGUAGUUGAUUUUACUAAAAACAUCUCAUCAUCUCAUUGCAAAUUUUUCUCAUCAAAUUUCAAAUGCUUUAGUGGUGGCCUUGUGAGAAGUUUGGUUAUAAGAUUUGGUUUAAUGAUGACUGGUGACAAUUUGCAAAGUGGUAAUGCAGGCCAAAUGGUAUUGUCAUUCGAUAUGUGACAAUUUGCAAAAUAAAUUAUUCACUCAAAAAAAUAAAAAAAAACCAUUAAAAAAGGCAGAUAAUUGCAGGUUAAAUUAUUUGCCUCAGCCUUUGGCUUCUGCAAAUAAUACCUGACAUGCUUCCAAGAGUAGUGAACUUUUUGCCUGACAGAUUUUUCAACUUUUCCCUAGGACAUCCAGAACUAACAUUUGUGAGAUCCUGAAUUGUGUUAGGAAGGGCGUUAGUGAUAUCUCAUUCAAGGCAAUUAUUCGAGUUAUCUGAGUCAAUUUCCUGGUUUCCUUUAUAAGGCCCAUUUUACAUGUGAAAGUCUUGCUAGUAUUAUGUCAAACUCAACUGACCAAAUUAAACUUCACCCAAUACAGUGUACAUGUAGCAUGGCUUAUUGGUUUCAAACAUCAUGGUACUGCCAAUUGUAAACAAAAAAAUGAACUUUUCCAGACUCCAUCAUAAUUAUUCACAUGUACCUAUGAAUGAAGAAUCAAUACGGAAAAUGGGAAGGUUUUCAAGUAGAGCUGUUUUCUGGUUUCAGCAAUGAUUUCAUUAAUAGGCCGCAGUAGUUUAUCAACCUUGUGUCAACCUCAAUUCAAGUCAAGAAAGUUUAAUUUUACAACAGUUAAAUUGAAGGAAUAUUCAAAAAAGGUCUUUUGUUCUUAAAUUAAUGGAUUUUUUAAUAACUCACUUUAACAUCAAGUGUUUGAACUGUCCAUCUAGCCAUGCAGUUGACAGUUCAAAGACUUGUUAUUUUAAACUCCAUUGUAAAACAAUUUGAGACAAAAUCUGUCUUGAACACUUCCUUUUUCAAUUGAUGAUAUUUUUAUAUUUAUACUUUUUUGCACUAAUUGAAGCAAAAGUUAUGACAUCACUAUCGCAGGAAAUGAGAAACUCAUUGAUUCAGAUGUCUCUGUUGGGAGUUUGUGACUCAAGGAGAUGGCUGAAAUUCAGUCUAAUAGUCUUGGUUAAAGUUUUUUUGUUUAAAAAAUCUGUAUUACUUCUUCUCUUCACUUUCAUGGGGUUUUUGUUUCCACAGAAUUGAAGUACUAGCUGUUCAAGAAAUUGGUGAUGAAAAUGCACUAAAUAUGGUAAAUACAGUUUUAUUGUACAUUUUUUGUUCACUGUGGAUAGUAUAUGAAGGCUGUGCCAUCACACCACUGAACGUUCUAUAAACAAUCAUUUUUCUGUUUCAUUAUUUCAGUUUCUGAUUUCUAAAAUGAUGGUCUUGUCUUAUUUACUCGUUUUUUUUCUCCAGCCUGAUGUUUUGAAUAGAGAACUAAGUCAGAUUACUAACAAUUUGUUUAACUGAGUUUUAGAUUACGAGUCUUCAUAGCCAAUAACAUCACGGCUGUGUCCCAACAUCGCGCUAAUUGACCAAUCAGAUCAAUAACCAGAGUAUAAUACCAUCAACUGACGUGACACAACUCCCCUCUGAAGAUGACUACUAGUCACUGUAACCCUAUUCAAACCCAAAGGGUAACCAAAUAUCGAUCCUUGUUCUUGUUUAUUAUUUAGAGUUUUAGGACUUACAAAGCAAGGGUAAGAUCCUUGUUCUGGUUUCCCAACAGACUUACAGUGAACCUGAAGAGGUGACCUUUUUAACCUUCUGAAGAAAACCUAUGUUUAGAGUGUCGAUGGAGGAUGUUAGUCAUAUCUUUGACUUCUUUAUCCCCUGGGUGUCAUAAUGUAAAGUUUCAAAUGGAAAAACAUUGUCUGGUGAAACCCUUUGCUUUCUUGAAAAACGUUUGCUAUCAAUAUUUAACUUUUGUACUUCAUCUAACUUAUUGUUUUCUAACAAGCUUGCUGAUUGGUCCACAACCAACUUUCUUGGAAUGGAUUGUUAGUUUCAUGUAAUCCAGUUGGUCAACUUUGUCUAGGUGGCCCCGGUUACAGUAGUCAUACUGAAAUGAAUUACUGGAGGUGCAUUUCCAAUUUCUCUUUAAACCUGAUUGGCCAACUGAACUAUAACUUUAGCAGCAGGCCAAUCAUGGUGCAUACCCAUUAAUUCUGGUAAAGAGCUAAUGGCCCAGAACAGGGCUGUGGACACUGGCCUGUAGACAGUCGGACUUAACCAGAAGUGUAGUUUCCUACACCUGCUAAUGACAUUUACAAAUUCUGUGUGGUUGUUGUGCAGAUUAAAGAUGAAUUGAAUAAUCCAACAAUUGAUGCUGUGAAAAGCUUUAAGCAUCGUGGACACUGGCAAUGUUGCACAUCUGAUGUUGCAGGUUACAUGUUUAGGGUAUGUGCUUUUAAUUUCUAAAAGUGUUAUUAGUAGCAUCUGUAAAUUUUUUUAAGACCCAUUCCUCAUGCUUUCACUUCAAAAAGUGGCAGUUGCAAUGACUACCGGUAAAAUUCAUGCAAACAUUAAAUUUGCUGUUGUAAAGUCCUAAGAAAUUAAUAGAUCUAUGCAAAAAUUCUUCCAAAGAAGUUUCAUUUGAAUGGUAACACCAGAGAACUUUAUUCACAGAUUAAAAAGUUAGUGUGACCCAACUUAUAUAGCCUAGGGUAGAAUGGGUUAAUUAUUUUCCAUUGUCAGGACUUAUAAGGAGCAAGGAAAAUUUUUGGAAAGUAUAUGUAAUUUCAAUCAUGAUAAACUUUUCUCUGCCAUAUUGUGUGUUGAAUUCCCACAAGUGCAGUACAUUACAUGUAGUUCAAGUGAGAUAGUUCUUGGUGUUGUGACCUGUCAUCAUUGUUCAGUGUACACUUAGACUUUUCAACCUUCUGUUGAAGUCAGUCACAUUUUGAGUGCUAAUGUGUCCCUGGAAUGAAGGUACAUGUAAACCAGGGUUUGGUACCCAGAAAAAGUGUCCCUUCUUCCUGGAUAGAGGCUGUGUCCCUUCCAUAGAGGUAACAGAUAUAAAGAUUAUGAAAAUACAUGUAAUUUCCUGGACCAAAUUUUGUGUUCUGUGAAUGGAGGUGUCCCUUGAAUAGAAGUGUCCAAAUGGAGAUGUUCCAAGUUAUAUUCAACUUAUUUCAAUCGUUUAUUAUUUAAAUUUUAGUCCAAGGAAUACAAUGGCUUUCUGUGGAAUACAAGUUCAUCAAAAGGUAUCAAGCUAAAAAGUGAUGCCCUCCUUAAUAAACCAAAGCAAGGUCAUAAGCAAUUUGCCAGAAGACCUUACCUUGGUUUCUUUGAGGUACUGUCAAUUUUGUUUAAGGUUUUUAAUAUUUAAAAUUAGUGUUUUACUCUGUAAGUAUUGUUAUACAGAAAAAAAAAUGACGUUUACUGGUUACUGCUUUACAGGUAGCUCCAUAUCAUGAGGUCUAGGUUUAGGCCCUGCCAAGGUCAUUGUGUUGUGUUCUUGGGUAGCCUGCAAUCAUACCCUGUACCCUCCCGCGCUCAGAAAUAGACUUGAAUUCUACAGUGGCAUGUCCUUUGCCAGUUUGGGCAAGUAACUCUCACAUUGUGCUUGCCGAAAGCAACUACUUGCUUUUCGUAGCUAAUGGUUUAGUUGGAGACGGGUGACUUUCCUGUAAUCUUGCCCAUUGGGCAAAUCACUAAAUGUCUUUCCCUUUGCAGUGCACUGUACCUCACUCUGCCCAAUUUAUAAAUGGAUACUGGAUUUAGUACUUAGGGGUAUCCCUGGUUCGACUUUGAGUCAACAGUGGAAUAAAAACAUUCCAAAUUGCUCCCAACAGGUUGCCAAAAUUUCAUUUGAUCUUAUGCUGCAUGACCACCAACUUCGUCUGCGUGAUUAUUUCCAUUUUGCAUUCUAGUUCUAGACUAAAUCAGAAAAAUGAUUCGUUUUCUAUUAUGGGAGCCAAAAUUUGGAAUAGUAUACCUGAAAAUUUAUGAAAUUCUUCAAAAUCUCUCUUUAAGGAAAAAGUUCAUACAAUUCUGUUGAAAAUAUUUGAAGUUCAGGAUAGAUAUGCUGACCUAAACACGAUAAUCUCCGAUUUUAAAAAAUAUUAGCCCCCGCUUAUCUAAAUAGCUGCCUCGAUUUUCUUAUUUUCUUAUCUCAAUUUCUCUCGUGACUGACCUUUUUAUUAUAAUUAAUGUGGUACUUUUUCACUUCAACUAUUCGUAAUAAAUCUUAAGCCGUCUACACACCACCUGCCUCGAUUAGCCUUGCUAUUUGCAGGUGGUGUGAUAUUUGUAUAUUUAAUGUAAGAAAUAAAGAUGUUGUUGUUGUUGUUGUUGUUAGUUCUUUAAGGAGAAUUUAUGCCAUUUUCUUUGCUAAAUUAGAUAGCCUCCCCUUUCUAUUUGUUACCCCCCACCUCAAACAUGCUUAAAAUUAAUAAGCCUCAAAGAGGCUUAAUAGAGGAUGUACAGUUUUGUUAUUUUUUGUUUGUUUUUGUUUUUCAUAGGCCAACAAAUUUGACUUUGUUCUUGUGAGUGUUCACUUAAAAGCAACAGGCUUAGGAAAUUCUGAUCUCGAGAGACUUGAGGUAAGCUGAAGGGGCCAUAGAACGUCUUUAUAGUAUUGGGGUGUCCGUAGUUAGCGGGUCAUGUUAUUUAAGUCAAAAUGGCACCUUUAGUAAUGCAAAAUAUAAAGGAAAUAAAAGAGGACAUUAGCAUUGUCAAAUUAAACAUUUCUAAACUUCACAAAGCCGUUAUUUCUUGGACUACAUCCACAGAACCAUGCUUUUACAUAUUACUUAUUAAUUCAAAACUGUUCUCUGCAUAAUUCCUGCAAUGCUCAAGAUACUAUGUGUAGUUGUCUGAAAUUGACAUCUACAAUUCACCCUAUCUGGUGUAGUAUAAUACUAAUACUGUCAACUGAAGGGUUUUUUUUCACCUUCAAGAAGGAAAGUUCUAUAACAGCACACAGUUGAUAAUGAAUAUCAACAUUAGUGAGGUUGACUUUUUAUUAGAAUCUGUUGAUUGGGCAAGAAAAAAGUGUCUGUUGUCCAUGUUUUUUUUUUUUUUUUUAAUAACAUUUAUUCAAUCAACAAUCAACAAUCAAAAAUACUUGCAAACACUACGAUACUUACGCUACUUACAAUACAAUAUUUAGAAUACAAUAGACUAAGGUACUUACUCUGUUUACAAUGUAAAGACUUACAAUACUCAGUACUUACAACACUACCUACUCACUACUCACACUACAAUGCAUUAUUUACAAGCAGUUCUAAUUAGUAAUAAUUGUACUUCAAAACCAACAUUCACGGUAAACGCACUUAUAUCUUAUCACGGUAAACGCACUUAUAUCUUAAGUGUCUUAAAGAGGCAGCGAUUGUGAAGCAAAAAGAUACACCAGGUUAAUGCUGGAGAAAAUGAGCAGAGAAUCGAGAUAUACAAAUGUAUACAAAAUCAAAGGCUUACUGAAAUAAGGAGCUCACAUUUUCCCAUUUUUUUGGUAAAAUGGGACCUGCAGUGGUCUCUAUGUGGUAGAAUGAUUUGAGGUAUUGCAGGAAGCCUGCUAUCUUUGGCGAGGUUUCCCUUCUUUUGCUAAUCCAGAUGUAAUUUCUGGCUAGAAGGAAAAGGAAAUUAAUUUGCUGGCAGUUUUUUGAAGAAUCCGGCUUUAGACCAAGUACAACAAAUAUAUCUAAUGUGUAAUGUUCCGGUGUAAUGUGGAGCAAAGUCAGCUUAAGAGAUAAACUAUGCCAGAAGAAGGCCACUUUAGGACAAGACCAAAAAAGAUGAAGAAGUUUCUCCGGUUCAUUAUUACAAAAAGAACAAUUUGGGUUGUCUUUUACGCCAAUUUUUGUUAAGAAGUGGUUCAUUGAUAUUCGUCUAUGUAAAAAUUUAUAUUGGAAUUCAAUAAUUCUUGUACUUUUAGUAUAUUUAGUGGCCAACUGGUAGGCUUCCCGCCAAUUAAUCGCCUCCACAUCAUUUUCGUUGCAGUCUUUUAGCCAUUUCUGUUGAUUAUGGGAUGGUAACUUGCAUUUUGUAGAAAGCAACUUGGUGUAUACAAGUUUGCUCGCACUUUGGCAUUCUGUUAAUCUUACGAGUAAUUUUUUUUGCGAAGCCACCUCUCUACGCUUUGUAUUGUCUCUUAAUGCCCUGACGUUUAGUGAUGCUAUUGUCAAAGCCAUAGAUAUUCUCUUGGGCAGCUUUGCAGAGGAAGCCUUACAUCACCUGGUGUCAAAGCUCCACAAUCGCUGCACGGUAUGAUAGGAAUUUGUACUAGGCGUUUACUUCUAAAACAAAUGAUUAAGCUAUUAAAACAUAGAAACCAAACAAAACAUGCACAGAUAAACACAACUAAGUAAGAAACCUCUUCGUAAAGGGACAUGGGGGGGAAGCUAGGACUUUUACCUAGAAUCUUACAGACAGAUAAGAAAAACCGAAGUGCCAUCAGUUACGAAACCUCUAUUCCGAUCGCCUAAAUAAUUAUCUAGCAAUUGUUGUCCAUGUUGACAGCUGUCUGUAUUUAGUGGGUUGAAUUUAGAGACGAUGUGAUGGCUUUCCCCUGGGACAAAGAAAAAUGUCCGUAAUAACGAGGUGUCUGUAUUAAGCGGGUGUCCGUAAAGUGGGGUUCAGCUGUA